GUCCAGGGAUGGUCUAAGGAGGCGAGAAGUCUGUGUGGGAUCUGCAGAGCUGGCAGAGGGAGAGCGAGGCUGGCCUGGGUACCACAGAGCAGGGACUGGAUGCUGGACAUCCCAGGGGAACAGGGACGACGCUGAGCUGGUGGGACCUUCCAGGAUUUACAUCGAGGUUUUCCAUGAUUAGUCCGUGUCGUGGAUUGCGGGAAUUCAUGAGAUGACACAUGUGGGAACGUUUAUUGUGCAAUUGUCUGCACCACAAGUGGAUUACCAUUUACGGGAUCCGACUCUCUCUCCCACUACAGAAACUUCGGGGGAUCACCGCGGCGUCUGUGUGACGUAACCGGCGGCCGGGGGCCAGGAGCCAGACAAGCCGUAGACCUGGACUGAAUCCUUCCAUUUCUUGGAUCGCUGGGAAUCCUGAACAGCCGGAAUCCUCGGGAGAAUAGAAGACUGCCGGAGUUGUCCAUACGUGAGGCCACCAUAUUCCACGAGGCCACCAAAUUCCACGAGGCCACCAUAUUUCAUGAGGUCACCAUAUUCUAUGAGGCCACCAUCUUUCCAUACGUGAGGCCACCAUAUUUCAUGAGACCAACAUAUUCCAUGAGGCCACCAUCUCUCCAUACGUGAGGGCACCGUAUCUCGUGAGGCCACCAUCUCUCCAUACCUGAGGGCACUGUAUCCUGUGAGGCCACCAACUCUCCAUACGUGAGGACACCGUAUCUCGUGAGGCCACCAUCUCUCCAUACGUGAGGGCACGUAUCUCGUGAGGCCACCAUCUCUCCAUACGUGAGGGCACCAUAUCUCGCGAGGCCACCAUCUCUCCAUACGUGAGGGCACGUAUCUCGUGAGGCCACCAUCUCUCCAUACGUGAGGGCACUGUAUCCCGUGAGGCCACCUUCUCUCCGUAUGUGAGGGCACGUAUCUCGUGAGGCCACUUUCUCUCCAUAUAUGAGGGCACCGUAUCCCAUGAGACCACCAUAUCUACAUACGUGAGGGCACCGUAUCCCAUGAGGCCACCAUAUCUCCAUACGUGAGGGCACCAUAUCCCAUGAGGCCAACACAUUUCAUCUAGUGUCUAGGAGUUGUGGGACCCGGCUGGAGGAAGACGUCUUCUGGGCGCCCUUACGGAAUACAAACUUUCUGGAGACUUGGUGGGAUUUCCUAGUCCUGCGGAAUAUUCCUUUAUUUUUUUUCUCCAGAUUUUAACCUUUUUUUUACUUGAUUGACCACUUUGGACGACCAUGGCAAAGUCGUUGUGGUGUCGGUGCAGCUAUGUACUAAGCUAUGUACUAUGUCUUAGUCUUGGGGGAAGCGACGCCACAAACUACCCACCUCGAUACAACCUGUACACCGGAGGGGCGGCACCGCAAGGCCAAGCCAUGACGGCGCACGGGGUGACACAAGCACAGAACGGCCUUCGGGCUGCCAGCCGGCACAGGAACUGGUGUGCGUACAUGGUGACCCGGACCGUCACUUGUAUGGUAGAAGAUGGCGUUGAGACUUAUGUGAAGCCGGAGUACCAGCCGUGUGUUUGGGGGCAGCUACAAUGUCCGCGCACCGUCAUGUAUCGGAGUUUUGUCCGGCCGAGAUACAAGGUGGCCUACAAGACGGUGUCAGACAUGGAGUGGAAGUGCUGCCAGGGAUAUUCCGGAGAUGAUUGCAUGGAAGGACCGGCGGGAGGUCCUCAGAUCCCCACCAGCAGACCUCGGCCCAGACCUGUAAGGCCCAAUAUUUCUGGAUCCAGUGGGGGGAAUCAUCUAACCGGAUCUGGAGGGGAAGGCCAAGGGGACUCGGAGAAAGUGAAGCAGCUGGAAGACAAGGUCCAGCGCCUGACCAAGGAGCUCCAGACAAUCCAGUCUACACUUCAAGGAAUGAAUGAGAAGUUCCAGUCCGAGAUUCGGCUGACCGUUCAGAAUGUGUUAAAUGGAAAACAGCCGGCAGAUUCUGCCCCGGGUCAGUCGGACAUGUCCGAGAAACUUAACGACAUUCAGACUCUUCUAACAAACCUGGACAAAAAGGUGAAAGACCACGACCAAGAGCUGGGCAAUCUCAACAAUGCCAACAACAAGCACCAUGAUGGCCCAGAAAUUGUAGUGGGCCAAAAACUGACCGACCUGAAGGGGGACAUCCUACAGGAAGUAGAGAAGAGGAUGCAGCAAUCUUGUUCUGCUUGUCUGGCGGGAGUGGACGGCUUCCGAAACCAGCAGAACGAGGACAGAGAUCGUAUUCGAGGACUAGAGAAAUUCAUAAAUUCGGUGGACCAGCGGAACAGGGACAUUGUGCAGAACAUUCAGACACGCAUGGUGGAGCUGACUGCGCGUGUUCCCAAGGACUGCUGCGCAGAAGUCACUGAUCUGCGCAGGAGAGUGACCGAGGCCGAGAAGAAAUCAGACACCUUAUCUGGCUCCGUCGUUGCCCUGACCGUGCGACUGGACCGUGAAAUGGGUGAAAAUAACAACAAUGCCAUCAACAAAGUUGACAACCGCCUGUCAGAUAUCGAAGGCAGAAUGAAUACUACAAAACACACCCUGGAGGAACAUUACUACCACUACCGCGAUGAGAUGCAGAACUUCUUCCAGGACGAGAUCAAGAAACUGAGAGAUGAAAUGAAGAAUCGCAUCAACGGCAACGACUUCAAAAUCACCCUUCUUCUGACUGAGCUCGGGAACAGCUCCGGAUUCCGAGACCUGAUGGACCAAAGGAUAACGGGUCUGACCGACGACAUCGACUCUCUCAGGGAUCAGGUGGAAAAGAAUGAAGACCAACUUAAUAAAGUGGUUGAAGAUUUGGACGGCAUGAGGAACCAGGUGACUGACACCAUGGAAAGCUGCAGCAAUCAAUGUAACGGUCACGGUUCCGACGUGACAAAAUUAUACGAAGAUUUAGACAAGAGGGUAAAAGAUCACGAAGAUCAGAUCCACAAUGUCCACUCUGAUGUAACCAACCUCCGAAUAUCUGGAAGCUCCAUGCAGGAUACAUUGAUGGACCUGGAUGGUGAGAUGACCCAUGUGAAAAUGAUAGUGGACUCCAGCGGAGAGACUUUCCGAAAGUCCUUGUCCGAUAUCAAAGACUCACAGGAUAGGUUUACAUCCACCAUCUUAUCCGACCUGGAUAGGUUUGAUCUGAACAUCGCUCAGUACCAGAAUGACACCAAUGGAAAAAUACUGGAUAUGGAAAAUGGCAUUAAAUCCCUGAGAAAGAUGAUUGAGUUUGACUACAAGAGCUGUGGUCAGGUGUGCUCCAACCUGCAGGAAGAGGUGGGCAAACUGAAGGAGCAGGUGGGCGAGUGCACCGACACUUGCCAGUUUCUGAAGAAACCCGAGGAUGAAAGUGGCUCCAACAAACGACUAGACGGCUUUGAGGUCUUUGGUGGAAGUAAUAGCCGAGACCUGAAGAACCUACAAGGAGAAGUGUCCAACAUCAUCGUGACCUUCACUUCCCUGAAUGACAGCGUCAAAGACCUCCAAGAGAGCAUCGGACGCCAGCAGACCGACAUCCACGACCUGUCAACCACCAAACACAAGCUGAUUUCUGAGAUCAAUAAAAUCCAGGAGGAGGUGACAGAGCACAUCAAGGACAACUCGGAAAAGUUUGACCUGUUCAAUAAAGAGAUCCACAGGUAUGGAAGCACAGUGAUGGAGGAAACCCAGGAGUGCAGGAGGUCUUCCAGCGGCUUGGAAGAGAGAGUUUCCAAGCUGGAGAACAUCUGUGUGAAGCUGGAUUCCGUCUCUGGAAGCCUCCACAAGAUCAAAGAGAACCUGAACAAACAUGUGUCGGGACUGUGGAACUGCGUGCAAGAGGUGAACAGCACCCUGCGCACUCACAGCGCCUGGUUCGAUAAACUCCAUAGCAGCCAACUCAAUGGAAUCAACGGGAGAAUCAACAGCCUGAACUCCUCCAUGAUUCUUAUGUCUUCUGAGUGGCAGAACUUCACUCUUCAGGACUUCAUGGGACCUCCAGGCCUGCCAGGUCCUCCUGGCCCAAUUGGGAAGACUGGGCCCCCCGGGCCACAAGGACCUCUUGGACCCCCUGGUAAAGAUGGGGCAGCUGGAAAACAAGGGCCCAUAGGACCACCAGGUCUGCGCGGGGAACAAGGUCUUGUUGGCCUCCCGCCUGAUAUUCCUCAAAUCUCCUUCUCUGCUGCUCUCACCAUUCCAGUAUUGGAGGCCGGAACCAUUGCGUUUGAUAAGAUUUUGGUGAAUGAUGGACAUGGCUAUGAUCCAGAAACAGGUAUCUUCACAGCCCCAAUAGAAGGCAGGUAUUUCUUUAGCGCCAUCCUGACCGGCUACAAGGAUGAAAAGAUUGAAGCGGUGCUCUCCAAAUCCAACUUGGGCAUCGCCAGGGUGGACUCUGAAGGCUACCAACCGGAAGGCCUGGAGAAGAAGCCUCUUGUAGAGAACAAGACCACCACCAGCUCCCUUGGGGUCUUCAAUAUUAUUCUACAGCUCACUGCGGGUGACACUGUCUGCCUUGACCUUGUGACCGGAAAGUUGGCCCAUUCUGAUGAGCCUCUGACUGUGUUCAGCGGCAUCUUCCUGUAUGAGGGGGAAGUGGACUACUAGGGGGACUCAAACUACUCAACAUGAUGAUUUUUAUUUUCUACAAUAAGAAGGGUGAAACUUUUCUAUGGUGAAUUUUGAGUCAUUUUUCUUUUGUUAAUGUUAUCUGGGGCCAGAAGAGUAAUGAGUGAGGACAAUCCUGGAAGAUAAGACAUUAUCUACCCAACAAAAGACAUCUUCCUGAAUGGGGACCCAGCGGCCAUCUUGUAUAAGCAUCCGCUCACCAAGCCUAUGAAUGCACCUCACAGAUCCAGUUAUCCCCAUUAUAAAACCACUUAGCUUUUCAACUGUAUCAAGGUUAUCCCAGCACAAAGUCACCGGCACAAAUGAAGCAAUCGUUAUUGUAUAAGAUGAGAUAUAUUGAUGAUUUGACUGGACAGACGAGUUACAUGAAGUCAGUUGUGUUGUGUUUAUUAAAUGGGGUCAGAUCAGACCUCCGUCCACAAUCA